AUGAAAAUUCAAGAGAUUAAGAAUCAAACGAGCUUUCCCACGGAGGAACUGAAAGAUGUCUUGAAAAUGGUUGACGAUCUUAAGCAGGAGCUUUAGGAGAAAGAGCGUGAAAGACAGAUCCUUGAAGAUCAGUUAAACAAUGAUAUCUCCCCCUUCUGUGUCCUCCCUCCUAAACCCUCACAUGACGUAACAAGUCGCGACCGAGAGGUGGCCAAAAUAAUGCAACAGCUUAGAGAACUUAAAACAGCAAAUAAAGACAGGCUAAGUUACCUUUACAUCUCCGGAAAUCCUGGAAGUGGAAAGUCUCAACUAGCGGGUCUUGUGACUGAACGAUUCUAUAGAGAUAUUAAAGAUUUUCCGGAUGGUACCUCAUUUGUGAUGACGAUAAAUGGUGAAAGUUCAGAUACUGUGCUUCAAUCGUAUGUGGCUUUUUCACGGCGUCUUAAGUGUCCCGAGUACGCGGUGACAACCACCCUCCAUUCAGAGGACUUGACAACAAAUGAGAAAAUCUCCAAUCUUAGGGCAUUGAUCGGAACGAAAAUUGGGCUUUAUACAUCGUGGCUGCUCGUAGUUGAUAAUGUCGCGAGUCUAUCACAUGUGCAUGUCCAUCUACCCGAAGCCGAAAAUGAGAUGUGGGCAAGAGGCCAGUUGCUUAUCACAACUCAAGACAGUGGGUCAAUUCCUCAAGCAAGUUCCUUCAACAAACACAUCUCAAUAAGCAACGGAAUGAAUCUUGAUGAUGUCAGUUGUUUAUUGGAAAAGCUGUCAGGAAUCACGGACAAAGAGAUGGAAAUCAAAGUUGCUCAGGCGUUGGACUACCAGCCACUCGCCUUGGCAAGUGCCGCCACUUAUGUCAGAGAAGUUCGACAGACAUCUAAUUUUGGCUGGAAAGACUAUCUUGCAAAACUCGAAAAUGGCCAAAGAAAUGCCAUGGAGACAUUUCUUGCCGAAGUCAACCCAAGCUAUGCAAAGUCCAUGACCACAGCAACAACACUGGCCGUAGAAACAGCUAUGGAAUCCAACAAAAUUAUGCAUCACGCCUUUAAUUUCCUGUCCCUGUGUGCACCACAACCAUUAAGUCUUAAUAUCAUUGAUGACUUUAUCACAAAUGUGGAUAAAGAAAUUCAAGACAAAGAGAUGAUUCGUUUGAAGAUACAAAGGUGCUCCCUGCUGAUGUUUGAAAGAGACGAAACUGACGUUUACAUUCGGGUGCAUCAGGUUGUACAUAAUUCCAUUAAGACUUUGGCUGCAGCUCAUUCGGAUGAUAAGCACAACGAGGUCGUCAGUGGAGUGAUUGGAUCAUUCAAUCGUUUUGUAGAAAAAUAUCAAUCAAGGGACAACGACGAGUUCUAUGCUCUAAUAAACAGCAGACAUGUUACUCAUUUGAUAAAUUUAGCUACAGAACUUGAGAGAUGUUUUUCUAAGAAGGUUAUUUCUCAAGUCGACCAAGAUGGCUUUUUGAUCAAGAACCAUGCGAUGGACCUCCAUAGAAUGAGUAUAUUUUGCUACAUGCAUUGUGAAUACGAAACUUCAAGACGUUUCAUCGAAAUGGCAUUAGACUUAUUCAUUGUCAACGAGCACGACCCUGGCUUAGAUAUUGCAGUUAUCUACAGACACGUGGGUAACGUGCACGAAAAGCUGAGUGACCUGAGUCAGGCAAAGGAUUAUCAUGAUCGUGCACUGGCCAUUCGUCUGAAAAAGCUUGGACCUGACCAUGUUGACGUUGCAAGUUCUUACAAUAACCUGGGUGUUGUACACGAAAAGCUGGGUGACCUGAGUCAGGCAAAGGAUUAUAAGGAUCGUGCACUGGCCAUUCGUCUGAAAAAGCUUGGACCUGACCAUGUUGACGUUGCAAAAUCUUACAAUAACCUGGGUAUUGUACACAAAGAGCUGGGUGACCUGAGUCAGGCAAAGGAUUAUUAUGAUCGUGCACUGGCCAUUCUUUUGAAAAAGCUUGGACCUGACCAUGUUGACGUUGCAAAUUCUUACAAUAGCCUGGGUAUUGUACACGAAAAGCUGGGUGACUUGAGUCAGGCAAAGGAUUAUAAGGAUCGUGCACUGGCCAUUCGUCUGAAAAAGCUUGGACCUGACCAUGUUGACGUUGCAAAAUCUUUCAAUAACCUGGGUAUUGUACACAAUAAGCUGGGUGACCUGAGUCAGGCAAAGGAUUAUCAUGAUCGUGCACUGGCCAUUCGUCUGAAAAAGCUUGGACCUGACCAUGUUGACGUUGCAAAUUCUUACAAUAGCCUGGGUAUUGUACACGAAAAGCUGGGUGACCUGAGUCAGGCAAAGGAUUAUCAUGAUCGUGCACUGGCCUUUCGUCUGAAAAAGCUUGGACCUGACCAUGUUGACGUUGCAAAAUCUUACAAUAACCUGGGUAUUGUACACGAAAAGCUGGGUGACCCGAGUCAGGCAAAGGAUUAUUAUCAUCGUACACUGGCCAUUUUUCUGAAAAAGCUUGGACCUGACCAUGUUGACGUUGCAACGUCUUACAAUAACCUGGGUAGUGUACACGAAAAGCUGGGUGACCUGAGUCAGGCAAAGGACUAUUAUGAUCGUGCACUGGCCAUUCGUCUGAAAAAGCUCUGA